AUGGCGCCAGAUCGGGGACUCGAAGAAACCAUCACAUCACUCGAUCUGGGGACCCAACAUGGCGACUCUACCACUGGCAGGAUACCUGCAACAGAGAUGAUCCCCCCUCACUUGUCGCAUGAUCCUGCCACGAAUGCCAAGCAAUCAGACCCUUUUCAGUUCGGACAGCGAUUUUUGUCUGAGGACGACGAUGUCUUUACCUACAAUGCAUGGGAUCACGUAGUCCCUGACACAGCACAUCAUGAGUACUGCGAGACCCAAUAUGCGGCGCAACGGGCUUCUCCCGUCUCCGACUUUGACCGGGCGCGUUUCAACGAACACCCAGAGAAAUGGUGGGACCUGUUCUACAAGCAAAAAUCAAGUACAUUCUUCAAAGACCGAAAAUGGCUCGUCCAAGAAUUUCCUGUACUGAACGAGGUUACGAGGCAAGGUGCUGGUAGGAAGGUAAUUCUCGAAAUCGGUGCGGGAGCCGGAAACACUGCGUUUCCAAUCUUGAGAAUGAACGAGAAUCCGGACUUAAAGCUCUUUGCAGUGGACUUCAGCAAGAAGGCGGUUGAGACAAUGAGAAACGCACAAGACUACGCAAACUCGAAGGGUGUAAUAGCAGCUGAAAUCUGGGAUGUUGCAGGGGAGGCCCUGCCGCCAGGUGUCGAUGAGGGGAGUGUGGACGUUGUCAUCAUGAUCUUCAUAUUCUCGGCACUGAAUCCCAAGCAAUGGCCACAAGCUUUGGUCAAUAUCCAGCGGGCCCUCAAACCGGGCGGGGAAGUAUUGUUCAGAGAUUACGGCCGAGGAGAUCUUGCACAAGUCCGCUUCAAGGCUGGUAGGUGGAUGGAGGAUAAUUUCUAUGUUCGUGGAGACGGUACCCGGGUAUAUUUCUUCGAGAAGGAACAGCUGGAAACGAUCUGGGGGAGUGUGUUCGACAUAUGCAAUCUGGAUGUGGAUCGCCGGCUGAUCGUCAACCGGCAACGGCGCAUUAAGAUGUACCGGUGCUGGAUCCAAGGUCGGUUUCGAAAGAAGGAGUGUACAGAGUAG